CACCAAUCAGGGCGGCGCUUGCUUGUGGAGCGGAGUUGUCCUAUGGCAGGUGGCGUUGCUGCUCUGCAGCGGCUUGUCAGGAAGAAGAGCUGGAGGGGAGACAUGACCGGCGCUCCGGGAGAGGAGGAGGCGGAGUGAGAUCAACAAGGAUGCCUGUGCACGUCAACAAAUGCAGUCCACGUGAACCCCAGCACCUCCCACUGCUCAAUGUAGAAAACUGAUUUCUCUAUAUUCCGUAAGAGAGCAGUGGACGUGGUAAGAAGAUGCUGGGAUCUGAACGUGGAGUUGUGGAAGAAUGGCUCUCGGAAUACAAGGUAUUACCUGAAACGCAGCUAUCUGCUUAUGCUGCUACUCUCCAUCGCAAGAAAAGUCUAGUGUCUGCUCUGUAUAAAGUCAUCCAAGACCCAAAUAAUGAGCUUCUGGAACCGAUCUGUCACCAGCUGUUUGAGCUGUACCGCAGUUCUGAAGUGCGACUGAAGAGAUUUACCAUGCAAUUCCUUCCAGAGUUGAUUUCCAUCUAUUUGCGUCUCACUGCCAGCCGUGAUAGGCAAAGCAAUGGAUGCAUUGAAGCUCUCCUGUUGGGCAUUUACAACUUAGAAAUUGCUGAUAAAGAUGGAAAUAAUAAGGUCUUAUCUUUUACUAUUCCAUCAUUAUCCAAGCCUUCAAUAUAUCAUGAGCCAUCAUCCUUGGGGUCCAUGGCUCUGACAGAGGGAGCUUUAAGCCACCAUGAUCUCAUCAGAGUGGUCUACAGCGACCUUCAUCCACAGAGAGAGACAUUUACAGCACAAAACAGGUUUGAAGUACUAAGUUUUCUUAUGUUGUGCUACAACUCUGCCAUUGUGUAUAUGCCACCUUCUUCCUACCAGUCUCUAUGCAGGAUGGGUUCCAGAUUGUGCGUGAGUGGCUUUCCUAGGCAGCAGGAAAAACGUUGGAAGGAACUGUGUGGUCGUGUAGUGCUGGAUCCUGAUUUUAUGGUCCAGCUGCUCACUGGUGUAUAUCAUGCCAUAUACAAUGGGGAGUGGGAACUAGGGCAAGAGGUUCUGGAUGACAUCAUCUAUCGUGCCCAGCUGGAGCUUUAUUCUCAGCCCUUGUUGGUUGCAAAUGCAAUGAAAAACUCAUUGCCGUUUGAUGCUCCCGACUCUUCACAGCAAGGACAGAAAGUACUGAAAGUUGAAGUGACCCCAACAGUCGCUCGUAUCUCUCGGACAGCCAUCACCACUGCCUCAAUACGAAGGCACCGUUGGCGGAGAGAAGAUGGUUUUGACCUCACAACUGAAUCGAAUCCGGGCUCCCCGAACUUGCGCACCACUCCAAACCUAGCGGACACUCCCGAACGGGAUGUUCUUGUGUACCUGACCCCUGAGACCAUCUCUCCAGAAGCUGCCACAGAGGGACCAGAUGGCACCGCAACUGGCGAAGACUCCAUUAAUUAUAAUGAUGCAGAUGAGGGGUUUUCAUCAGGAGCCUCAGUUAGUAGCCAGCCUGUUGGCGCCAAACAGUCUUCAUCUACAUCCCAGAGAAGCGGUUCAAGGAAAGGAGGAAGUGUGCGAUCCACUAAAGAAAAAGAUACACCUAGUCAUUUAAAAGCUAGUGAAAGUCGAAAUUCCACACCAAGGAAGCAGCCAUCUCCUGCAGCUGUAGAUUCCUUACUUGAAGGUAUAGAGCUGUCACCCAUGAAGAAGCACCUGAGCCUUCCAGCAGGCCAUGUGGUGCCAAAAGCAAAUAGCUUAAGUCUCAUCCGAACCGCCAGCACUUCAUCCAGUAAAUCCUUUGACUAUGUAAAUGGCAGUCAAGCUGGUGGAAAUGGAGGAAUAGAUGGAGUUUCUAACCUUUCUGCUUGCAACACCAACCGAUUUUCCACUAUAAGCUUACAAGAGGACCGAUUAGGAGGAGGAGAAGGCAAAGACCUACUGUCUGCUGGUGCCCCCUUAACCAAACAGUCUCGAUCCCCAAGUUUCAAUAUGCAGUUAAUCUCCCAGGUGUAGGGUGUGCCCUCCUCUGUUCCUGUGCUAAUUUGCACAGUUUAGAAAACAAAGAGUUAAUACAUUUCUAGUGAUUCUCUCUUUUCAUUUUUUUUGUUACUCAUAAUUCUGUAAAUUAUGGCAAGAGCAAUACAAAUUUCUGUCCCCCCUUAUUGCCAAAAUCCCAAAUCUGUUCUGUCCAUGCAUUCUCAUUUCUUUGUGCAAUUUCUAAGCCGUCAGUCCCAUUUCAUCACUGUUAGUCCUUUCUUUAAGAAGAAUGAAGAUGCUGCGAAUGUACUUUCUAACGUAGGAUGUGAUGACUUUUCCUACAGAAAUUUGGAUAUUUGAAAGGUCACUUCAUUCUGGUGUUAGUGUGAUUAAUGUUACCUCCAUUCUUUUGCACACCUCUGGACAAUCCUAUGGCUGUUUUCCCAUCAAUAACAUAAUCCAGACUGGAUUAUAUUUUGAUUUAUCCAGAUUUUGGUUACAAAUACGGUCUCAAUUUCCAUAACCCAACGUACGUAUCUUCCCUUCUUCCCACGUAUGUGGGCUAAACCUGGAGAGAAAAUCCUUCAAGACCAUUCUGGUGUGUAAUUUUAGGAUAAUCAUGUACCCUACUUGCUCAUGUUUGCAGUUGGAUGUCAAGUUCAAUGUCGGGUAAAUGAAGGACUCUGUAGGCUGUGUUUCUUCGGCCGGAGAGCCUUCUCAGCUGCUCCCCUUUGUUCCUUCGCCCCUGUUACUCUUAAGAUCUGAGAUCCUUGCACAGUAGUUUGUCAGUCCAGCUGGCUACUCGUAAGAACUCUUCAGGGAGUGGCAGCCUACUGGAAUUGCUGUUGUACAAAGUGAAAGUGUGUUCUCUGUUUUCUUGGUGAUCCUCUUGACCACACUGUAUUUGUGAUGAUGAUCAUUCAUUUCUAAUGACUUCCCUAACCUUACCUAGCUGUGGAAGGGCGAGAGCAGUGGGCAUGGCGAUCAUUGCUGUUUUACUCACAAAAUGUUAAGCAAACUUAAAGGCUAUGUACACGUUUGACGGCAUUUCUUUAUUAUUACAAUGCAUCUAUUAUUGGUUAAAAAAACAUAUUUCUAAUAGAUUUUUUUGCUUUGUUUGCCAUCUAUGGCUGCCUAUUUUCACACACACACACACACACACACACCGCAAGAUGGUCUGUCCCCUCUUCAGACAAAUCCAGCCGAGAAGCUGCCUGACAUCUUUGUAGCUCUUAUCUCUUUGUUGGUAGAACCCAUUAACAAUCUGCUGUUCCCCGACAGAAGACAGAUCCUCUGAUGGAUCUCUCUGAACAGGGGACAGACAGACCAGCCUACGGUGUUUGUGGGGAAAACUAGCAGCUUACUGUAUAGACAAACUGAGCAAAAUUUUUAAGGAAUAUGUAUUAGAAAAAUUAUUUUUAGCCCUUAAAGGGGGCUUUCCAGGUUGUUCGAUAUUGAUGGCCUAUACUCAGGAUAGGUCAUCUAUCUGAUUGGGUAAAAUUUUUCUUUAUUAUUGCAUUGCACCUAUUAAAUGGGUUUUCAAAGCAUUCAAUAUUGAUGGCCUGACCUCUGGAUAGGCCUUCAGUAUCUGAUCAGUAAGAGUUAGACUCCUGGCACCUCUAAAGAUCAG